AUGGACAUCUUACCACACACACCACCACCUCUACAACCUAGCUCAGCAUCAAAACGCACUGACAAGACCAAGCGCAAGAAGAGCACGACCGUGAGGAGGAGGAGGAAGAAGGUGACCUGCAGCAACAAGGACACGAUCGAGAAUGGGGCCACGACGUCGGUGGGAACGGAGGAGGAGGCGAAGACGAAGAAGAAGAAGAGGAGGAGAUUAUGGACCAAGCGAGUACGGAAAAGGGAGCCAUUGUUGUCCCCCGAUAGCGAGCUGUUCGACAAGAUGUUCGGCUUCAAUUUCGGUAUUUUCCGCUCUCCAACGAAGAGGCGUCCGAAACGGCAGCCGAGCCCUCCCCCAUCACCAUCGGUCCAGAGGUCAACGUGUCGUCGGAAGGAGAAGGAGCAUUCGAAGAAAUCCAUUGCCGGCCUCCACAAAUCAUUGUCCGAGCCUUGGACUGACAUUGCCGAUGGUGCAACGGCGUGGCCUCUAGACACCGAGACCGGCGGUUUCGAGCACAACUUCGAGCCUAACAGCGCGCCCGGCUUUGAGCCCGACUACGACUUCGGUCGCGAUUUCGGUGGUGGAUACUCAUCUGGACCGGAGCAUUCGCCAUUCCACCCAGACGGUGCUUCUCAAGACCAAGCGCCCUCUUCACUUAAGCGAUCGCGGAUCGAGAGGAACGCCAAGAAGCAGCGCAAUCGUUGCCGGACUGCGAGGGCCGAAGCUAAGACUAGGGUGUCAAAACGACCUGAACUUUUCCAGGUGUACCUAUUGAUGAAGAAAAAGGCCAAAGAAGUGCUUCGACAGAGCGGGUUUGUCCCUUCCCCGGACGACGAGGAGUGGUGCGACGCAUGUCAUGAACGCCGAGUCACCAGAAAGGUCCGGGUUGUCGACCUGUUCUUUGCAGGUAGGUGCUUCUGUUGCACAUCUUUUGUCAACCACCCCUAUGCUAUCGUCUUGGACUGAUUUGAUAUCCCCCAACCAUGAGCAGGCAUGCGAGAACUAUGAUACUGCCCAUGCUAUUCCGAGAUCCAAACCCUGGCAGCUCACGGUUUUCUCCCGACAUCGUCAUCUUCAAACCGAAAAAGAGAAGGCAUCACCGCAUUCACCUUUCGCACGAUCGAAUAUCUCGACACCUACUGGGGGGUAGAUCCUUUUGGUAUCUAUGGCAUGUCCGAAGCGCUCAUUCUCUUUUGGUCCUCUGAAUUAUCCUCGGAGGAUCCUUUUAACAAGGUGGGCUCUGGACAGGGACAGGCCGGAAACAUUCAUUGUUUCUUACAGAAUAUAUUGGAAGCUUCCCAGGGUCCAACCGUGCGUCAGCAUCUUCAAGCCGCAAUGGAUGAAUAUUGAUUUAUGCAACAGCUGCAGGCAACUUUGACCGCCGAAAUUCUCGGCCUCUCCCCGCGCGAGCGUCUGGCCGACGUUUGUCCGGCAUGUUUUGGGCCUCGGAUCAAUGAAGCCGGCAAGAGCGAGAAUGACCUCGAUGUCAUCAUUGCUGUCGACGGCAAUUUUCAGCAUCGAUGAUUCGCGCGGGCAAAUGCUGAUCCUCUCAAGUCACGUCCAGCGUUAUUCCUGCCACCAGACAAGAUUCGAAACGAGCAAGCUUUGAUCGAUGGAUCGACUGAAGCGGGCGAGAAGGUACCUUGGUGCUGCUGGUGUCGGGUCUCCCGAACCCAAUAAUGAGUUGACCCGACUGUCUGUGAUUGCUAAACGAGCUAUUCUCCUAUACAGGAUGAAUGCACAGCCAACUGGAAGGCCGCAGAUGGUGGUGUGACCUCCGCUUCGUCAAAUGUAGUGGCCGACACAGGCCUCGUUGCUGCAGUGUACCGUCAUGAUCAUUGCCUGCGACUUUGCAACCUUCAUCAAUCAGGUGAAAAGUAUGUGUGGACUGGCCAUCUGUGACUCCAGGCAAGGACACUAAUAAGCUAGUUUGGUCUACCGCAGGUUAGUAUAUCCGGUGUCGCUGUUGAAAUGGAUUCUCGAAGAAGUUGAGGUCGGAGAAACGGAUUAUACUAUGGGGCCUGCGCGUACCAGUGACGCUACAAACGUCGGAUCCAGCUCGGGAUCGGACUCCCACCAAAGUUCGAGUCAGGAUCGAAGUCGCGUCGGAGUCGCGUAUGAUAUCGCCUGCAACUUAUCGUCGCACUUAUGCCGAGUGAGUUUGUUCGUGACACUCAGCCUGAGCAUUGGCUUAGUCCGUAGCUGAGCAGCUCAUCUCUCCCCAGUGUCGCAGCGCAAUCUUCUGGCAGACCACUUACCGCGUCUAGAAUUUGCUCUCUCGUCGAUGCAUGCCUAUGCGCACAAGUGGUCCUGCCAGGUUGACUUUGAUCCGCGCUUUCUACCCAAUUUUGGUUUGACUGAUGGCGAGGGAACUGAGCGCUUGUGGUCGCAGCUUCGAGGCAUGAUACCCAUGAAUCGAUCAUCGAGUGCCUCCCAUCGGCUGGAGAACAUCAAUCGUCGAGCGUCUGCUUAUAACAAGCAGCAUCUGGCCGAUCUUGGUUCGCCUAAGCUUCCAGUCUUUCAUGCACUACCUUACCAUGUCGCUGAUAUUUGGCGUAUCGAUCAUGCCCAGUGACCAAACUUAAUUCUCGACUCAAAAAUGCAAUCAAGCUCAAGGCCGAAGCCGACAGAGUCAUUACUGAGGUCGUUAAUCGCUCCGAAUGGACGGUCGCUACCCUCCUUGAACAAUGGCACGCGCAACGUGCAGCGUCCAAGCAGAUCCCUCUGAAAGAACAGCGCAAAGAGGUAGCCGAGAUGCGCAACGUCAUGUUCAAGCUUGAGCUGGUUAACAGAGAUAUUGCAGCAUGCCGGUGGGUCUGAGCUAUCGUCGUCGUUUGGGAGUGAGACACGAACCGGUGACCUAACUUCGGUAUUCCUUUUUCGAUUGCUACAGAGAAGAACUAGCCUGCGUGAACACCAUAAAUACGAACAAGCUUAUAGAACAGUCGACUAAACUCCUUACGCACAUCGGAAAUGAACAUCAGUGUCCUGGACCCUGGUACGUCACUCCCUUCUUGCAUUCUGACCCUCCGGUGUGAUCCCCUUUGUCCUCGCUUAAAUAUGUCAACACCUUUGAUUGGCACAGACUAUGAAUUUGCCUGCACAUUGAUGGUCGCAUCUCGCUCACUGUGGGACUUGGUCGUACAAUAUCGACAGGGAGCUGAGAGGCUGCGGCUCCCACGCCUAGGCGGUAAAGCCCUCGGUAGGAAAUUCAUGGUACGAGUCUUCUGCGCCGGCAGAAGGAACGCUGAUGUGUAGCAAUGCCUGCUCAUAGGUACGAAAGCGGCUGGUCUCUUGGUCAAGAAUCUUAAUUCUUUGCGUCCAAGGCUCAUGAAGGCAGUGGCGAUGUAUAACGACGAGGUGAAAAAGUAUGCUGCCAUCCUCGCCAAUUCUCAGAAUUCCCAUUCGAUCUUGAGAACCCGAAGGGUACCGCCAUCAGCCCCAGAGGAUCUCAACGAACUGCUCAAACUCGACAUCUUGACGCCGCUCUGGAACAACGGAUUAUAUAGUCAUCCCACUGAGCCGUGGGCCUACGAUGAUGAUGUUCGUGUCGGCAUUCCAGCAGUAUUGUCUUGCGCAAGAUGCCAGCAAGAAAUCAAGCGACUUGGAUGGGAAGUACGUCGCAUUGGACGGUGGCUGAUAAGCCGUCGCAAGAGGUUUCAGCAAGUUUGCCAGCAAUUACUACAACUAGAUGAGCAGGAUGACUCUGCGAUGAUGCUGCUCGAGCGAGAAGAAGAGCGUCUUAGAACUAUUGCGCGACGAUGGUUCUCGAAAGGCGGCCUAGAUCACCUGUGGGAAUGCACCCGGCAAAGCGGCGAACCGCAAACGGAGGAGUGGGUCGAGCUCCGAAUGUGGUGCACCGACGACGUUGAGGUUUUUCAACGAACCACAGCGGGUGGCUUGCCGGAUCACACAUGGCCAGACUGCAUCAUUGAUGGGAUGGUCGGAGAGUCGGACGACAUCACCACGGAUCAUGACGCCCUUCUUGACAUCAGUGAUCAUUCGAGCGAUGAUCUGAGUCAUCAUUCCGUUGACACUACCGAUUACGGCGCCUUCAGUGACGAGAUCAACGAGAACUUUGAUGAAGACGAUGGCGAUGUUUUUGGGGAAUUUGAUAUUGAUCAUAUAUAG